AUGAUGAGUGAUAAUAUCAAUAAUCAAGCUGAUUUCACCUCAGUCUCUGAUAACCGAUCAGUAUUUGAUGCCUUGCGACGGCAACAGCGGCAAGCGCAUCCAUCUGAGUCAACAUUAGAAAAUAACUCAGCAGACGUAAUGCCAGAACUGUCGGCUCCUUCCAAGCAAUACUCUUAUCAGCAACACUACCGUGCAUCUAGCAUGUAUGAUUAUGGCAGUGGUGGUAUCCAACCCCCUCACUAUCAAUUUCAGUUGUACAAUCAGGCGGUUGCUGCUAGUGCUCCAAUUCAAAUGAAAAGAUCUUCCACCAAUCCUACCACAACAGCAAUAGAAGAUGCUACGGCGUCCAGAAAAUGCACAGGCGGUUUGGUUCAUGCUGCCUAUUCUCCUCCUUCUACUACUUCCACUUCUACAGGCUACUACUACCAUCCAUUUGUGGUAGGUAGUGCGCCUACAUCUUCUUCUCAAAUGACUCAUCAUCCAACAUACUACGCACCAUCUCCGAUAAAUAAUAGUAGAUCGACGGAUGAUUUGAUAUCAGUAGCUACGUCGUCUACUACAAGAAGCCCCAUAACAAAUCAAUUUCCUCAGCAUAUAAAUACUAAUUCGUCUGCUGCUACUAUGACUCAACUGCAGGAUCAACAAGUUGUUGAAUACAUUGUGAAUGAUGAUUCGAAUGAAAGCGGCGCACUUAUAGAAGAUUAUUCCACCCAAGCAAAUAUGCAAGCAAUCAUGGAGAAAAGACGUAGGCGUAGAGAAUCACAUAACGCAGUGGAAAGACGAAGGCGUGAUAAUAUUAACGAAAGAAUUCAAGAACUCGGCACACUAUUACCAGAGUACAACACUGCAAUAAUGACUAUGAGUAAUAUAGAAGCAGGAGGAGACAUUGAGAACACUGUAGGAGCUAUUUCUGCGUCUGUGCAAAAAAUGAAUAAAGGUACUAUACUACGUAAAAGUGUCGAACAAAUAAAAAAGCUGCAAAGUGACAUAUUGCAGUAUCAGCAAAGAAUUAGAGAGCUGGAGAUGGUUCUACAACAACAGCAACAACAGCAACAACAAAGACAGCAGCAGCAUCGAUAUAAUAUUUACACUGAACACUCCCAUUAA